AUGGCCACAAAUGCCACCACAACUGGAUCCAUGUCCACGUCCAACACCACCACUGGUCACCACUCGACCUCCACGACCACCACCACCACGACCAUCGGGUCCAGCGGUUCCAACGGCUUAUUGUCUUCGUUCAAUCAAAUGCCAAACGAUUUGUUUACAAAUAAAGAGAUUUUUAUCAAUCUCUUCAGUGAUUGUGAUUCUGUUUGGCAUCACUUGAGUGACAAUAAAAGACAAGAAUUGGUCGACAAUUAUCUGCCGAAAGAGAUGUCAGGCAGUGAUAAGGAGAAGACAGUGGAACUGCUAAUGAAUGGACAGUUGAGUCGAUUCAAUACGGAUUUAUUGUCUCAUAUUUUCAUAUCUUUGAAAUCACACAAAAUGAGUCCCGAUUUGGUUAAGGCAUUGGAGGACGUGAAGACAUUGAGGAAGAAAUUGUUUGCCAUUUAUGAGCAGAAAAGACAAUCACUUCUUCUGAACGAAGUGAUGCACAAAAGGCGACAACUCUUUGACCAAUCGAUUGAAACCAACAAAUCAAUUGAGUCCAAGAAAGUGAUGACUAAUUCGUUGAGAACUGAAUCCAAGAGUCUUCGCGAGAGGGUUCGCUUGAGAUAUCGUAAAGAACUGAAGGAAAUCUGCAUUAAAGCCGACAAUUCAUCCGAAGAAGACGACCACGACUUUUCGCAUACGUUUGAGAAGAUAUUGAUGUGUAAAAUGAAUGGAAAUGUGAAUCCAUCAGUGAAUCCAAUAAGUGAUAAACAAUACCACGAAAUGCUUAGAAAACAUAAGAGAAAACGGAAGGCAAAGGAGUCGGACAACAGCUAUGAGCCCACACUCGAGACCCAUACCAUUACGUUAAGUGAUAUCAUCACCAGAGUCACCAACACUGCCAUCACCACCAACUCGACCAAUACAUGUAAAACAGUGAACACAUUAUCACAAACCCAUACCAACAGUGCUCUCAAGUCUUCCUCGAUAUCGACGCCUAAGAAGAAGGCAAAGCACUCGAGUUUCACAAAAAGCAUUCAAACGAAUCAAACGAAAAUUCUUCCAAAAUCUCAUUCACCGAAAAUUAAAGUCGAAAAAGUGGUGACAAAUGAAUCCGAAUUAAGUACUAAAAGUGAUGGAAAUUAUGAACAAAGUGUUUGCAAUACUAAUGAUAAAACUGUUGAUCAAAACACCAGUUCGACGACUAAAACGAGUGAUUUUGUCACAAAAUCCAGUUCCUCUCCUUUACCUUCAGGUGUGACGGAAACUGAGUGUCCAAUUGUGUCAACACUUCCCUCCCUGUCUGUAGUGAAGCAAUCGAUAGCUAACGUGACACCAGAGCCCUGUCCCCCAGCCGUUGCCCAACCCGUGACCUUCGAGAAGGCGCCCAAAUGUUUCUUUUCAUUACUUCGUGACAUCUUUACGACAAACGCAUCGUCUGAUCAAAGGCUGACUUUACAUAAGUUGGAAGAACUGGUGAAAGAGAAACUCCGAUCUUUGAGUCCAUACAUCGGUUGGUCUACAGAAAUGGUUGCCUCAGCCAUGAACUACUUGAGUGGAGUGCUUCCACCGCCACAUUUGGUGCCACUCGUCGACUACAAGGAGAAGAACCAACAGUGGCAGUGGAUUGGAGGGGGAAGGGAUCGCGACCAGGAGUUGGUCCCACUUUGCGAUCAGUGGGUCAAGAAUAAGGACGAAGACCCCACCGCAGGACUCAUUAGCUUUUCGCAGGCAUUGCCGCCACCGGCUAAAUGUCUCACCGAUUGGAUUGUUAGGCCGUCCAGUAAUGAAGAGAAGAAUGUUUACCGGACUCAGGAAGCCGUCAGAUAUAACAACCCUUACAAAGCAUUUACUUAUAAAGUGCACGGCUAUGAGAGUGUUGUGGGACCCGUCAAGGGUUGUGGUAUCGGUGCUGCCAAUGGGCACAACGCCGCGAGUCCUAAUAAGGCCAGAGAGCACUCACUUCUGGUCAACGAUAGGCCGCCUUUUGUUACUCUACUAAGUCUUGUGAGGGAUGCGGCCGCGCGACUGCCCAACGGCGAGGGCACCAGAGCUGACAUUUGCGAACUCCUUAAAGACUCGCAAUACUUGUUGCCAACCAUUUCCGACCAACAGGUGAACGGCAUAGUUAGCGGUGCUCUCGACCGACUCCACUACGAGAAGGAUCCGUGCGUUAAGUAUGACGUGAACCGAAAGGUUUGGAUUUAUUUACACCGAAACAGAACUGAAGGCGAGUUCGAGCGCUUACAUGAGGUCCAGAUCGCAGCCGCCAAAGCCAAGAGGUCUAUGAGUAAGGCCUCCCGAAAGAAUAACUGUGCGCCCAAUCAAAGCAAUCAAUUGAGUCAAACGGGACAGUUGUUUACGAAGACAACACAACAGGCCAUACAUCAAGCGGUCACUAAUAUUUUGAACUCCGAAGCGUUGAAACUGACCACAAAAUCGACGUCCAAUUCGAGCGAUUCUGAGACUCCUGUAGUGAAUGUCUCAACAGAUACUGUGAACACAAACAAAGCGAUUGCUUCUGAUUUGAAGAACUCUUUAUUAAUGAAUGCAAACAAAGAGAAGGAUUUGAGUCAAUUUGAAGCCAACUCUUUGAGUCCAUUCAAUGGGUCCACAUCUGCGGCAACAUUGGCCUCAAACUCGUUAUUUUUGUCACUUCAGCCAAACAAUCAAAUCCGAUGCAAAACAGAAGUCACUUCUUCUCCUAAUAUAGCAAUCAUUGAGAAGAAGAAGUUAACGAAACUUAAAGACAAUAAAGUGAUGGAAACGCAGAAGAAUAUCAAACCAAUAGAUAAUAACAAACAGAGUAUUAUAGUGUCGGCCAAUAGUUCUCAGCCGAGUGUUAGUCUUUCCAUAGCGUCGAGUGAAGUGACAAAACUAAUGACAAAUGAAUCCAAUUCCUCGAAAACAGUGCAAAAGCCUCGAACUGUUAGACAAACGAAGCCUUCAAUUAAAGUUCAAAUCCCAAAGACUAUAACCCUUCCGAUCACUAUAUCACAAAAUACUCUCAAAACUCAGCCAUCGAUUACCACUUGUGUGGCAUCAGAAAGCCUACCGACGCUUAUCAGUGUAACCAAUCCCUCAAACAAAGCCACGACAUUGACGUCUAAUGCAGAACCUCUGCAACAGUCGAGACCAAUGACCACUAAACUCAUAUCUGGCACAUACCUGAACAGCACCGGUGGUUCGAGUGGUGCGACCAAUCAAAUGCAUCAAAUCAGUAUUCCUACGAGUGUUCUGUUCGGCGCCCGACCCGGUUCUGUGGUUUUAGCCACUCCUACGGGCAAGUCAUAUAUGAUGGCGGCCACCGGCAGUUCCAUAGUUCUUCAGCCCAACUCUACCACUCCAGCCAUCAGUAGUUCAUCGGACACUCCGGGCUCUCAAACCCAAUCCCUUGCCGUUCGCACUCUUCAGGGCAUUCGUGUAAUACCAGUGAACGCUAAUACAGUGAACACUACCACCAAAAUUCAUACCCCAAUCACCGCCAAAAACAAUGGCCCGAACGCACCGGUAGUGAUGGCAACUCAGGGACAGACAGCUAACAUUCCUGCGCACCACCAGUUCGUCGCUCGCAUAAUAACCACCGCUCAGACCAAUAGAGGAAAUAUACCGCAGACUCAGAUUGUCAUCCCUUCUACCUCUUCACUGCAGCCAUUGUUUUUAGCGCAUCCCUCACAGAGCACGGGAACUACACAACCGAUUAUACAACAAAUGACUUCAACCACAACGACAACAACUGCACAGAUAUCAGCGGAACUGCAUAAAGCAAAUGUUGCCAUAACUUUGCCCCCAAGAACCACAUCCUCUUAGUAUUGGAUACAAAGGGAUGACAAAUCUCUUACUGUAUAUACCGUAUGAAUGACGACUCAUCUAAUGGUCAAACAGAUGAUACAAAACAAUUCAUAACUCAACUAAAAAGGACUGAAUUGAUAUGAAAAUCAUG